UCUUUUCUUCCCUAUAGAGAUGUAUAUUUGAGUAAAAUGGGUUAUGGAACUACAAAAAAAUAAAAAUAAAAUAAAAAGUAGGACAGGAAUUGAUUGGAUGACUAUGGUUUGCUUUUACUGUGAUGUCAUGUGAGUGACAGGUUGUCCCGCCCUCGUGCAAGAGGAAGGAGAAGUUAUUUUGAUUAAAGAUUAUGAGGGCACAUGAAUCAAAAAUAAAUGGUGUGGACAGAUAAAUCAUUUACAAAAACCACUGCAAUAUUCAAUUAUUAUUAUUAUUAUUUUAGAAUUGUUCUUUUUGAUUUCAUAAUGACUUUAAAAACCCUACAAGACAGCAGCAUGUGAACAGGACUUUUAUUUUGGUACGGUGGUGUGACGUCAUAAGGCGGCGCCGCGCUGCUGCUAUCUGUUGUGAUUCAGCUAAAUAAAGAAAAACUCCCGGUAAAGCGACUGAGAUCCAUGUGACAGUAUUAUAAAGAUGGCGUUUAUUAAAGAGGAGAGUGAAGACAUGAAGAUUGAAGAAGUAUUCAGCCUGAAACAUGAAGAUACAGAUGAACAAACAAAGAUGGCAUUUGUUAAAGAGGAGAGUGAAGAUAUGAAGAUUGAAGAAGCAUUCAGUGUGAAACAAGAAGAUACUGAGGAACAAACAGACCUGAUGGUGCUGAAAGAGAAGAGUGAAGAACUGAACAGAAUGGAAGAGAAGCAUCAGGAUUUAAUAACUGAAGAAAAAUCUUUUAGUUGCUCACAGACUAAAAAGACUUCCACACAAAGAAGAGUUCGGAAACCAGCAUCUAGACGUUUCACCUGCCAAGAGUGUGGAAAGAGUUUCACUCAGCAUGCAAACCUUGAAAUGCACAUGAGAGUUCACACUGGGGAGAAGCCUUUUACCUGCCAAGAGUGUGGGAAAAGUUUCGUUGGAAAAGGACACCUAAAAAUACACAUGAGAACUCACACUAGAGAGAAGCCUUUCACCUGCCAACAGUGUGGGAACAGUUUUACUCAAAAUCAUAACCUUCAAGUUCACAUGAGAAUUCACACUGGAGAAAAGCCUUUCACCUGCCAGCAGUGUGGGAAAAGUUUCAACCAAAAAAACAGCCUUAAAAGCCACAUGAGAGUUCACACUGAAGAGAAGCCUUUUACCUGCCAACAGUGCGGAAAAUGUUUCACUCAAAAAGGAAACCUUGAUGCCCAUGUGAGAGUUCACACUGGAGAGAGCCCUUUCACCUGCCAACAGUGUGGGAAAAGUUAUACUCAAAGUCAAAACCUUAAAGUCCACAUGAGAAUUCACACUGGAGAGAACCCUUUUACCUGCCAACAGUGUGGGACAAGUUUCACUCAAAAAAGUGGCCUUAUAAGCCACAUGAGAGUUCACACUGAAGAGAAGCCUUACACAUGCCCUCACUGUGGAAAGAGUUUUUCACAUAAAUCAACAAUUAUAGCCCACGUUAGAAUUCACACUGGAGAAAAGCCGUUCUCAUGUGAUCGGUGUGGAAAGAGUUUCAGACGUCAAGUAAACCUUACUGUCCAUAUGACGGGUUCACUCAAGACGGAACAAUUUUGUAUGUCAUCAGUGCGGAAUGAGUUUCACAGACGGGAAUCAUCUUGCAAAUCAUGUAACAACUCACACUGGAGAGAAGCUUUUAACGAGUCAUCAGUGUGAUAAGAGUUUCACAAAUCACACAGACCUGAAACGUCAUUUGAAAACUCAUUCUAGAAAGAAAUUGCGACGUUCCUCAGUGUGACGAGAUUUAGAAAAGACUUCAAAAAUCACCGGCAGAUUCACUCUAAAAGAGGGCCAUUUAAUUUUUUGGCCAUCGCACUUACAGAUACAUCUAAAAAGCCAUUCAGAUGUGAGACCCUAUUUCUGUAUUUUGUGUGGAGUUUUAAAGUUUAGUUUGUCCGAUACAUCAGAAUCAUUAUAUUGUAUAAAUAAACAACCAUCUUGCUGUUAAAUUUUCUUUAUUAAUAAAAGGAUAUAAACUGAAUGAAAUCUGUACUUUGAUACAAAUAAAGAGAUAUUACAAAAUAUC